AUGAAGAAACCGAUUCUGGCCAACCUUAAAGUGUUUGGAUGCCACGCGUAUGUUCAAGUGCCUCAAGACAAACGCGCGAAGUUCGACUCCAAGUCAUCACUCUGUCGUUUCCUGGGAUACGCCGAACACCAGAAGUCAUAUCGAUUUGAGGAAGUGUCAACAGGAGCGAUCAAGAUCAGUCGCGAUGCCACAUUCAUGGAAGACAAGUUUGAUGAAGGUCCGCGCAACUACAACGAUGAGUCAAGUGUCGUUGAGUUUGAUGAUCAUGAUGAGGACGAAGAAAAAGAAGAAGGUAAAACUGACGACGAAAUGGACUCGAGCGACGAUGACAACGAAGACACCAGGUCUUCGAAGAGCAACAUCAAGAGACACACGCGCACUCAAUCACUUGAGAAAGCUACCGUCAUUCCAAGUCCCAAGCGAAGAACAUACAGAGGUCCGUCGCUUGAGCAUGUGUCAGCGGCUGCAAUGGAUUUUGAAGCAGCCUACAUCGUUGAUUCAGUGGGGGAAACGCCGACUACAUUCAAGUCGGCGAUGGAAUCAAGCGACUCCGGCAAGUGGAAAGAAGCGUGUGACUCGGAGUUCGAUUCGCUUCAGAGAAACGACACGUGGGAAAUCGUGCCUCUUCCGAAAGGUCGCAAGGCCAUCGGGUGCCGAUGGGUUUUUCGUGUAAAGGAGAAUCAAGAUGGCGAAGUUGAACGUUUCAAGGCAAGACUUGUGGCCAAAGGAUUCUCACAGAAAUUCGGAGUUGACUAUGAAGAAACUUUCGCACCGGUGGCCAAGUUCACAUCGAUUCGUGUGGUGCUCAGUAUGGCCGCUAAGUACGGCCUAAUGCUACAUCAGAUGGACGUCAAGACAGCGUUUCUUAACGGCUCCCUCAACGAAGACAUCUACAUGGACCAGCCGGACGGAUACCUGGAUGCAACACAGCCGGACUAUGUGUGCAAGCUAAAGAGAUCACUCUACGGCUUGAAGCAAUCGCCUCGCAUGUGGAACCAAACAAUCGAUGGGUUCAUGAUCAAGAUGGGAUUCAAGAAGUGCGAAUCGGACCACUGCAUCUACAUCAAGCGAGACGACCAAGACAUGAUUCUCGUGGUGCUCUACGUCGAUGAUCUCAUCCUGGCCAGCAGCAACAACGAACUCCUCAAGUCGACCAAGAUGGCGCUGAGCAAACGCUUCGAAAUGACGGAUCUCGGUGAGCUCGAUUACUUUCUCGGCAUGGAGAUCAAGAACGACCGUAAGACGGGAAUGGUGACUGUACAACAAACCAAGUUUCUCAAGUCCGUGUUAACCAAGUUCGGAAUGGAUAACAGCAAGCCAGUGAAGACGCCUCAAGAUCCCGGCCUGAAGCUAACCAAGAACAUGUGUGAACAAGAAUGCAAGCACGAAGACACCAUGUGCAACGUGCCAUAUCGAAGUGCUGUCGGAGGCAUCAUGUAUCUCAUGGUCGCCACACGUCCGGAUCUAGCUGCUGCAGUGGGAUCAUUAUCCCAGUUCUCGUCCGACCCAUGCCCGACUCACUGGCAAGCUUUGAAGCGUGUGCUGAGAUACCUGCAAGCAACGCCCAAUCAUGGUCUUGAGUUUACACGUGAAGAAGGAAGCCGUAUCUGCGGGUACACCGACGCAGACUGGGCCGGCGACAUUGAGUCAAGACGAAGUACAAGCGGCUAUGUGUUCAUGAUGAGCGGAGGAUGCAUCAGCUGGAAAAGCCAGAAACAACGGACGGUCGCGCUAUCUUCAACAGAAGCAGAAUACAUGGCGCUUUCCGAAGCAACCAAAGAAGCAGUAUGGCUCAAAGUGCUUUUGGGGGAACUUGGUGAGAUGACAAGCGACGAAGCGAUCAAGAUGUAUGAAGACAACCAAGGAUCAAUCGCUCUCGCCAAGAACCCGGAGUUCCAUAAGAGAACAAAACACAUCGACAUACGCUACCAUUUUGUGCGUGAGAAGGUGGAAUCAGGUGAAGUCGUUUUGGAGUAUUGCCCGACUCAAGAUAUGCUGGCAGACAUGAUGACCAAGCCGAUCGCCGCUGUACAAUUUGAAAACAUUCGCGAUCGACUUGGGAUCCAAGGUGCCGCAGCUAACGAGUCGAGAGGGAGUGUUGAAAAGACAGCGGCUGUGAAGAAGACACCUCGUCAAGCUGCGUCAAGUGUUGAAGCAAGUGGAAGACCAAGCUUCGCUAUACCGGUGGGUACCGGUAUGUACCAGUAA